GUGGCCCCAGCAGACUACACCAAGGCAAUCCGCAGGUCAGAGUGGCAAUGGGCAGAACAUUUGCUGAACCGAGCAGAGCAGAGGGCGCUGCAAAGCAACGUGAUCAUCUUCAACGCAGUCCUCAGUUCUCAGAAAUGGCUUGGUGCCCUGCAGAUUUUCCAGAAGAUGCACUGGAGGUCUGUGGAGAAGGACCUGAUUUCGUUUUCAUCUCGUCACAGCUGGUGCCAUUCCUUGCAGAUGAUGGAGGAGGUAGCAGAAAAACACAUCGAAACAGAUGUCAUUUUCUACAACAGAAGCAUCGGAGCACUUGGCAAAGUGGAUCAUUGGCAGUCUGCGUUACAGCUGCUAGAGGAGGCCUUUGACGCUGUUGAUGCACAGAAGAACGUUUUUUCUUAUGGUUCAGCUGUGAGCGCCUCAAAAAGUCAGUGGCAGCAGACUUCGCAGCUUCUACAGCAGAUGCAGAAGGAACGCUUGAGGAGCAUUGUCGUCCAUAACACAGUGUUGAGUGCACUGGCUGAAGCAGCCAGAUGGCAAGACGCCGUAGCAGUAUUUCAUGAAGCAGAUGAAGCAGACGCAAUUAGCUAUAGCGGCAUCAUCAGCGCCUGUGGUGAAGCAACACAGUGGCAGCAAGCUUUGCAUUUCAUCCAGCUGGCAAGGCACAAGCGAAGAAUCGAUCUUGUGACUUUCUCACUUGGUAUCUCGGCAUGCGAAAAAGCUGCAGCAUGGCAACAAGCCCUCCUGCUUUUUCGCGACAUUGGAGUCAUGCGCCUGGUCCCUAACGUGGUAUCCUAUGGUGGGAUGUUGAGCGUUUGCCAACGCGUCUCCGACUGGCAACGAGCCUUGAUCCUUCUGGGGGAGAUGAGAUCGCAGUCCAAGGGACCCAACGUCAUUGCAUACAACGUAACAAUCAGCACAUUGGGAGAAGCUGGACGCUGGAGGGAAGCAACAAACUUUCUGGAAGACUUACAGCAUCAAGGUUUGAAGAGGGACGUGAUAACUUCCAACGCAGUCAUACAUGCCUGUGAACGAGCAGAAAAGUGGAAAGCAGCCCUGAUGUACGUCCAAACACUGCCUGGACACCAGCCAAACAUCAUCACGUCCAACAGUGCCCUCAGUGCCAUGGCCAAAGCCAAGAGCUGGCCGCAAGCCCUGGAAUUCCUGGCAACUGGACUUGCUCGAGCACAGCAGCAGGACAUCAUCAGCUACGACGCGGCCAUCAGCAGCACAGAUCAAUGGCCAUAUGCCACACAGCUAUUGCAGCAUCUGGAAAUGUCACAGCUGGAAGCGAUGAUCGUGAGUUACAAUGCAGGCAUCAGCGUCAGCGAAAAGGCAUGGUUGAGAGCACUGGAACUGAUGUCCAAAGUUCAGAGGAUUGCAAUGGAGCCAAACAUCGUCACCGUGGGUGCAAGCAUCUCUUCCUGCGAGAAGGGUUUCGAAUGGGCCCAUGCCCUAAACCUCUUCCAGCACUUUGGCGCCGUGGGCCAAAACGUGGUGACAUACAGCGCAGCCAUCAGCGCUUUGGAGAAGGGUGCUCAAUGGCAACUGGCUGUACGUUUGCUGAUGCUUUUGGAGACUGGACGUUUAGAACCUGGAGUCAUCACUUACAAUGCGACCAUCAGCGCCUGUCAGAAGUCAGACCGAUGGCAAGAGGCCUUGCAAUUGAUGCAUGAUGCAGAAGCGAAGCAUAUCGAAGUGGACAUGAUCACCUACAACGCAGCCAUCAGCGCAUGUGAACAGUCCGAACAGCAAGCGCUGCAACUGUUUGGUGAUAUGAAGAAGAUGUCGAUGGAGUUGGAUGUCAUCACCUACACAUCAGCGCUUUCUGCCAUGGAGAACAGCAUGGAUUGGAGAGCUGCUUUGGACAUACUGAGAGAGAUGCAAGUUGAAGAGGUUGCACCAGAUUUGAUCACCUUCAAUGCUGUCAUCAGUGCUUGUGCCAAGGCGAAGAGGUGGCAAGAGGCCUUAGAGCUCAUUGCUCACUUGGAGAUGGCGAAUUUGGAGGCGGAUAGCAUCACCUACACCACGGUGAUCACAGCAUCUCCCUGGCAGUUGGCCCAGUACCUGGUUGCCGAUGCAUCUCAUCGUCGCUUGCUGCUGAGUGCGGCCGCCAGAAGUGCUGCCACGGCGGCAUGGGAAUUGGCGGAGGUCCAGCAAAUAACCAGAUGGAAGUGAAGGCAUGAAUCGGCACCCAGUAGGUGGUUUCCUUUUG